GGUUGGUUUCCUCGCCUGCUAUUGGGUGACACUAGUAAUGAAUCUGACGCAUCCGUUCUUCCUUGCAGCCAAUUGGCUUGUUCUUUCGCGGCGUCUUUUCGUCACCAAGGCGGGACUGGGACCAGAGCCGGAAGUGACGCGAUGAAGUUGACCAGUAUGAAUUUCAGUCGUCGCGCGUACCUGGGUGGCUGGACGUUGGGAGUUAUUAUGGCGCACGGGCUCCUCCCCUUGUUUUGAUCCUACUCGUCUUCCUUUUUGGAGACUCGGCCCAGUUAGGAGCAGAUCCCCUGGAGGAAAUUGAACUCGUCUAAGCGUCCUUCCCCGCAUCCUGCGCUGGGAAUCUCCGCCCCCUUGGAGGGGGAGGGACGGGGAGUGCGCCGAAGUCCCGCCUCUGUAUGGGUCUGGUUCUCGACCCCUCUGCCUAAAGGGAGAGGCUUCCGGGCCGGCCAGAGCGGGUGAUGUCCGUCCCUUCGGAGGCCAACGUUGCCGCCUCCUCGUUGCGAUUGGUUGCGGCCGCUGCCUGGUGGGUGGUGCGGAGGCGCCUCUCUGCGCACUACCCCCGAGUGCUGGAGCUGCUGGGAACCCUGAAAGUCUCUGCCCCGGGUCUGGUCCGUCCUCGGCACCACGCGCGGCUCUGCAUGGGACUGCGGGCCAAGGUGGUGGUGGAGAUGAUCUUGGAGGGCCAGCCCUGGUCCCUGGUCCUGGAUGCCCUGAAUCGUCAUUUCCCAGAGUCUGGUCCACCUGAAUGCGGCUCCAAGGCGGCUGUGUGGGAUCCGAAGAUUGUGGAGGCACAGGAGGCCUUUUGCCAGCGAGUGAAACAUCUGGCAGAGGGUCCUGAAGACUUUGGCAGUCAUCUGCAGGAACUGGAACAAGAAUAUGGGGAACCCUUCUUAGUUGCCCUGGAGAAAUUAUUAUUUGAAUACCUAUGCCAAUUGGAGAAGACAUUACCAGUGCUGCAGUUGCAUGAGCUUAAGGAAGUAUUGAGAGGAAUGCAAACUGAAACCUUGGUCCCCCUUCCCCUUGCCCUGACCCAGUAUUGUAUGGACAUGGGGUGGCUUCUUCAAGAGUCCCCUCUUUUUACUUCAGUGAGAGGGACAGAAUCCCAAGAGCAGAGUCCUCUACCUUCUCCCCAAUUGGAACAACUAUUCCAGGAUCCUGUUCCCACAACCAAACCCAGCACUCCCUUUCCCCAGGGGCAAGGUUUGAAGAAACCCUCAGAGACCCUCACUGGUCGGGACUUCAACCUGGCCCCUCUAGGCCGCCGGCAAAUCCUGGCAAAUCGUACAUCUGCUGUUAGGGGAGGCCGUAAGGACCGGCCCACUGUCAUGCUUUUCCCAUUCCGGAGUAUGUGCCUACCUGUUCAGGAUAUAAUUAUGCAUGGGAACAAUAAAGGACGUGGGCAGCCCAUGGCAGAUCCGGCAGGCACCAUGGGUGCAAAAGCAAUCCCUCAAGGAAAGCACAGAAACUCAGCUCGUUCCCUCAGAGGGAGGGCUCAAGAACAGGGGAACUGGACUUCCGAUGAACCCUCAGAACAAAAGGAGAACUGCCUGGAUUACUCCCUGGAGCCCUUGAGGCUGCCAUUACCUGCUGUUGGGGCCAGGGAGCCAGGUAGGUGUACCCUACUUUCAGUUGGGGGUUGGGAAAAGGAACGGUUCCUUCUUGAGAGCAGCCUCAACUCUAUGGGGAUGCCAAAGGCCUGUAUGUUUACAUCAGUAAGAAACAGGUUUGAUUUUGGUUUCCCUCCUACAGUGCAUUCCCCAUCUCUGUGCAGCCCUGUGGUUACCAUAGGGGACUUGGUUCUGGACUCUGAUGAUGAAGGGAAUGGCCAGAGGGGAGGGAAGAAGUUUCUUGAAAGCUAUCAGAAGACGAAGUUUGGCACCCUGAUCCCCACCUUCUGCGAGUACCUCUCCCCUGUUGAUCAAAGUUCCGUACUUGCCCCAGCCCCUUCCUGUGGCCAGACUGACCCCAUUAAAACCCAGUGGCUUAGGUCUCUUUGAUUGGCUAUAUGGUGGGGUCUCACCCCCCUGUAGUUGGUAGAGAAUUGGAAAUGAACUCAGCAGAUUUGGCUUGCCAUGGAGGCCAGGCACCUUCAUUUUGGAACAUAGGAUUGGGUUUACCUCAUCAUACCUUUCUUGUUUUAUUUUUUUGUAACAGCCAGUGAUUAAAUUUUGAAUCUUCUGAAA